UGAUAAGUUUAGUGGAUUUCGUAAACUUUAAAUCCUUAAAUUUUCUUACAGAAAGACAUCAAGAAUACUUCUUGGAGAAACUCAAGGGAAUUGUAUCAAAAAUUGAAUGCAAAUUGCUCUUUUAGUGAGUCUCAAAAGUUUUUCUGGCUUUGUGAAGUUUGUUUGAAAAAAAAAAAUCAAAAUAUUGGUGCUGAUUUUAUUUAAUUAUUUUAUGGCCAGAAUCUGGCCGCCAGAUGUGAAAAGCUUAAAGAUUCUCUAAAAUUUCUUCUAAUAAGAUAACAUUGCAGCUUUCUUUGAGAAAAGUUGACCAAAAGCUUCCGCAAAUUCCUUCCCAAAAAACUAUUUUAAAUUUUUUAUUAUUAAAUUUUGUGCGGGAUAUCGGCCCAUCACCCCGCUCAUCAUGCCCCUUCCCAUUUUCUUGCCACGCCCCGUCUUUAUGCUAUGAUAUCUUUUACAAAUAUUGACAUAUUUUUACAGGACUGUAUCUGCCUUAAAAAAGCGAUUUGUCGGUAUCUUUCGAUCUCUUUUUGACAUGCUUUGCUCGUGAAGAAAAUUUUCUGGACAAUCUGUUUGAAUUUUGGUGUUUUUCUCCAGUUAUAUAUCAAUAGUGUGGGAAGAUGACUACCGUAGAGAUGCCCAAACUGCCUGAGAGUCAGAAGACCUACGCAGGAAUCCCAGAAGCUGUCUUUGUUGAGGAUGUGGACACAUUUAUGGCCCAACCGGAGAAUGACAACAACAGCGAUCGGGUUCUCCGGAAAUUGGAUGAGCAGCAUGGCAAGUACAAAUUCAUGGAGCUCAACAUUGCCACAAAAAGACGGAAGCUCAAGCAGCAGAUUCCUGAUCUGGCCAAAUCCCUCGAGAUGAUUAACAUCCUGAGAAAUCAGGCGGAUGACAUGGAGACACAAUUCCUUCUCAGUGAGCAGGUCUUUGUCAAGACUACAAUUUCACCCACAAAGACUGUUUGUCUGUGGCUGGGGGCCAAUGUGAUGCUGGAGUAUCCACUGGAUGAGGCUGAGGAACUGCUGAAGCAGAAUAUGGAUUCGGCCAUUGUAAACCUCAAGUGCUUGGAGCACGAUCAGGACUUUCUCCGGGAUCAAUUGACCACCACAGAGGUGAAUAUGGCUAGGGUCUACAAUUGGGAUUUGAAGAAGAGGCAAGCAGCCAAAGCAGCCAGCACAACUCCGGCCAGUUCGUAAUUCCCUCCCCAGAAACCUCCCGUCACCCAAACAAUUCACUUCACGCGCCUCCCCCAAAGUCAUGUCUUGUUGCAGAAUACUUACAUUUAUAUUUUAACGCUUCCCCACAGAGCUUCUGAAUAAAAACCUUUUAAUAAUCCAAAAGACCGGAUCAGCA